CUGCAUGUGAAAAGAACAUUUUCUAAAAAGUCACCUGCGUCAUCAUAAGCCAAUGGUAGUAGUUGGUGGUGAAGCUUGGUGCGAUUACGAAUGAGCGAAUAGAGUAGCAACUUGCUUGAAGUAACAGCAACUAGAUGUAGCAUAUCAUACUACAUGGUCGUGAUUGUCGAUCAAUUGUUUACUCGACUAAAGCUCAACUGUGUACCUUCAUAACCUAUUCUGUACACUGUUACUAGCCAGCAGGUAUAAUGCUGAGCGACAUUUCGAAACAACUGUACGAAGCGGAACAGCCUCAACACUCUUCGUCAAAGCAAACCACAUGUAAUAAUGCAUCAGUCACAGAUACUACAACUGAUUUGCAACCACAACAAUCUCAUUUCAACUCUCUCCAUGCUGAAAACUCAAUAUCGGUCGCCGCAUCAUCAGGCCAUAAAAAUAACAGCAACUCACCUCACUUGACGACAACGGAGACAGCUGGCCAAUGUGGCCCUUUUUCAAGCAGUUCAGCCGAGGCUACGAGAUCGGUUUGGGAGGUGCCUGGAUCAUACGGUCUCAAUUCGCCUUCUCAUCUCGCGAAAAAUAGCAGUAGUGCAGUUCCUGAAAACAGGACCAGGCCUUCAGCUGCCAAUUUGGGAUCGUCGGUCGCCGCCAGUUUUCAGCUGUCUCAUCACCCGCAAGCAGUGUCAAGUCAAUUUCGCCCGCAGUCGCCAGCAGCCAAGUUAGGGGGACCUCUGGGUUUGUCGGUUGCGGGCGACUCAGUUGUAAAUAGCAACAGUGGCUUCAACGGUCAGGGUCAGGCGAGCCUCGUAGCAAGUCGUAUGUCGCCAUUCGCGCCAACCUUCACGCCAGCCAUGCAGAGUUUGACUCCAGGAGCACAGCUGUUCCAUAACAACCUGUUGCCUGGUCUGUUGGGGUCUAUCUUACACCCUGGGGUCCAAGUGCCUAACUCAGCAGCAGCCGCCGCGGCAGCAGGUGUAGUCCCAUUCCCAACCAACCCAUGGUCUCCUUUAGUCGACCUCACUUUGCUUCAAGCAGCGGGUUUGACCCAGCCACAAUUGAACGCUUUUGGACUGCAGCUGCACAACAUCAAUGCCCAAGAUCCAAGAAACUUGUUCAACAAUUUUAAUGGCUCACCACAGCCUGCAGUUAACCUAUCCUCAAGCAGCAGCACCGGCAACGUCGGUGUCAGAAUGUCCCCCUCAUCGUGCGAGCCAUCAGCGGAAUUGAAGGCGAGACGAAUCGACCGUUCACCGAGAAGACACGAGUCGUUCCGAGAAUCGAGCGGAAUCCACAGCGAAGCAGUUGAUCAAAUGAGCUCCGAAGAUGGACCUCAGGCCCGAUUGUUGGCUACAAACAACAACAACCAAUUCAGUAACAGUGAGAACGGAUAUGUAAUUGGAAAUAGCGCAGGAAGUUCUGCUCUUAUCGGAAACAACCAUCAAGCGAACUCGCGAGCUGCGGUGGAUCCGUGGAUUAAUUCUGACAUGGCAUUAACUACCCCCUCAAAGCAAGUACAAAAUGAAUCAGCGCUGUUAACAAAAGUAACAGUGGAUGUGGGAUCCAACAAAGAGGAUUCGAUGCUCCCCGAAAAAGAAGAGGCAAUGAAUGAAGUGACUGAAGAUUUGACACUGAACGAAGAGAGGCUGAAAAUAGCUCAGUCCCAUUUCUCAGACCUGUGCAAUGUAUUCGCCCCUGUUGACGUGCUGUACGUUCUAGCAGAGACUAGAAGUUUGAAGGUGCUUCCUGAAAAGCAGGAAUUGGCAGCGCGCAUCGUGAAUUUAACCAGAAAUGUGGAUGCUUAUAAGGGAUUUGUAAACUAUUUUACUAGUUUGACCCACGUGUUCCCCUUUGACGAGUUCAAAAAAGAGAUCAUUGACAAUUUCAUUACUGAGGACUACACACUAGAGAUGGACUUUCUCAGAAAAUUGUUUUUGAAGGCAGAUAAAUGUGCUUGUAAAUGCUGAAAUGGUCAGAACGCCGCUUGUGACUUUAGCCUCAUUAGUUCUAUUAUUCAUGUAAUUCUUCUAUCGUUCGGAAAAAUUGAACAAGUCUGAAUUGA